AUGCCACCUUGUCGCUAUGUGUGCAAGAUGGGGCCCGCCUCCUUCUUGGCAACCUGGAUCGCCUUCGCGAUGCUCCUCGUAGGAUGUCUGGGGGAGAUUGAUCUAUCUCAGCGGGAGAGCAGGCUGCCGGAUUGUGCGAUGGCUUGUUGGCAGAGGGCGAUUCCGACGAUGUGUGGUUCAUGGGAGAAUGCGCAAUGCAUUUGCCGAGACGGCAACUUUGACUUGGCUGUGACGCAGUGCAUAUCCAAGGCUUGCCCUCGGCUGUCGACAUUUGAAACAUUGCGAGAAUGGGACAUCAUGUGCGAAAGACCCCGGCGAGAUCGAAAAAAAGACGUGUGGCCGUUUCUCCCGAUGCAUCUGUUGGCGAUGAUAUGCGUCGUAAUCCGCCUCUAUUCAAAGUCUUGCAUUAUCCGAAGAUUCGGUACCGACGACUGCGUCAUAACGAUCACAUGCAUCCUAUACAUUGGCUGGUUCUCGAUUGGGCAUCACAUAUAUCAACUGUCAUUCGGGAUCGAUAUUUGGUGGGCAGAUGAGGCUACUCUUACUUGGGCCCUCAAGCAGUUGUUCUAUAUUGAGGCGCCGAUAUAUCUCAUCCUUCUAGGGCUCACCAAAGUCUCAAUACUAUGCUUCUAUCUACGCCUUUUCCCCUACGAGGGGUUUUGCCGACUAUGCCACAUACUCCUAGUCAUUGUGAUUACUACCACGACCUUGUGGGCGGUCCUUGCCAUCGUCCAAUGCAGGCCGAUAUCAUACAACUGGGAAGGGUGGAAAGGCGAUUUUGAAGGGCAAGUCAAAUGCGUUAACUUGAAUGUUCUAUCAUGGACAUCAAGCGUAAUCAGUAUUACACUCGACGCAAUAAUCCUCAUCAUGCCGAUGCCGCUCAUCAUCAAGGUCAAAUCGACGGCCCGUCGGAAAAUCGCCAUCAUAUCCAUGUUCAGUCUCGGUAUCGUUAUUAUUAUCGCAAGUUGCUUGCGCCUUAGAUUCAAUCUCUUGUACGGAGACUCGGUCAACAUCACAUGGGACUAUGUCGAUCUCUUGCUCUGGACCGGGGUGGAGGUAGCAACAAGUAUUGCGGUCACAAGCCUACCGGCGAUCAGGUUGAUGCUUCAUCGGCUGUUUCCGGGGCUUUUCAAUCGAAUUUUUGCAUUUGGUGGUCAUGUCGAACGUGACAGGGAGCAGUAUAUGGAAAUACUUGACGCACACAAUCGAGACAUUGAGCGAUUGGGUGCGAACGGGAUCAUUCGACGCCUCACAAGGACACAAGCGAAAGAUGUCCGCCCGCCUACAAUUGGAGGCGGCACACCAAGAGGCAGAACGGCGAAGGAAGCGCGAGUGAGCGCAGGCACAAAUGAGGCACUAAAAGCUAAGAAGCCAGCACAAACCGACGCAAGCCGCAUAUUGGCUAGUAUUAUGGGAAGUGAAGCAGGCUCGCGGCGGCAGUCCCAUGCAUCUCUUGACGAAUCGAAUAAUGAAUUGUCCACGGUUAUGACGGAUAUUACGAGCAUGUCAGGCAAGCAGCCUUCUGAAGACAUGAGCAUCGAAAACUACAUGACCGGAGAGUCAAUAAAGAGUCCUGAAGAGUAA